AUGGUUACUAAACAGGGGCUAAAGAUAUACUAAUAAUAAUACAAUCUAGACUGCUAAAUGUAGAGUGUUCAAUCUGUAUAUAUGAGAAAUGUGCCACUUUUUCUGUUCAAUUUAUGGAAAAAUUAAGGCAGUUUGUCAGUUUCAUAAAUGUUAUCUCUAUGUGGAUUGAUCUGUUUUGUUGCAUUGUGCGUUGUGUUAUUUAUACUGAAUCUCAUUGAUGAUUAGGAGUCGUAUUAGCACGGAUUCUGACGGUGUAGACAGACAAAACUCUGUUCUCUUGAUUCAUGAAUUUCACGAAAGUAAGCAUGUAUGGUGCUGUCAGGUGGAAAUCCAAUCGAUGAAUGAAGCUUUUAAAUUACGGUAUUGAUAAGGGAAUCUCUUUGGAAUAUGGAUCGUGGAUUUAGAUUUAUAUGGAAGAGCCUGAUAGAAACUAGGAGAUUGUUAUGGAUAAUGGUGCUAACAUUUGCUGCAGUUUUGCUUGUUCAAUUUUUCGAACUUCCCAAAGACAGUGUUUUGUCAUCUCUCCUUUCUGCUGGAAAAGUUGCAUUUUUUGGUAAAAGGAACUUCCCAGAUCAAGGCUUAUCUUCAAGUCUUGCAACUGUUGGAAACAUCACAGAUACACACACAUUUCAGGAGAAACCAAACAGUAAGAUCUUGAACUUGACGAAAGUAGGGUAUGAAGGAAAUGAAGGUAAAGACGAGGACACCAAGUUAGAUUGUGUUCCCAAUAAGAACAGUAGUAUUCACAAAGAGUUCACUUCUGUAAAUAAUGGAAGUUCGCUUCGGGACUCCUUAGGGAAAUGUAGAGACUUUGAGCAUGCAAUUUCCACAAGAAAUGUCACUGAAAAGAACUAUGCUUCACCAGGGAAUAUCCAAACACAACACUUUCCCUCAACACCUGGCCAAAAUGAGAGCUCAGGUUGCGCUUCCGAAUGCCUUCCUGCAUUUUCAUUGCUUAGUCCAGUCUCUCCAACAAAAUUGGAUUCAGUAACUCCUGUGAUAUCAGUGGAACCUAACCGUUCUCCAAUGCUCAAAAUGCCACUGGAGAGUAAUAUAAGCAUGGUAAACAAUAAUUCUUCUAUGGUUCCUUCUCCAAGUCAUGGAAAGUCUGGAAUGCUGAAAUUAGCCCCCGUGACAAUAUCUAAAAUGAACGAGUUGCUGCUGCGCAGUUAUUCAUUUUCUAAUUCAAUGCCACCACAACAGAUUUCUACAGGUGAUAAGGAACUACUGCAUGCAAAAUUCGAGAUAGAAAAUGCUUCAUCCAUAGAUGCUGAUUCAGGACUUUAUGGGCCUGUUUAUCGAAAUCUUCUCAUGUUCAAAAGGAGCUAUGAUUUGAUGGAUAAGAUGCUGAGAGUUUAUAUUUACAAGGAAGGACAGAAGCCGAUCUUCCAUGAAUCAAUACUUGAGGGAAUAUAUGCAUCUGAAGGCUGGUUCUUGAAGCUGUUAGAAUCAAACAAACAAUUUGUAACUGAAGAUCCCACGGAAGCUCACUUAUUUUACAUACCUUUCAGUUCAAGACUGCUGGAGUUAACACUUUACGUGCGCAAUUCACACAGUCGCAAAAACCUGAUCGACUACAUGCAGAAUUAUGUCGAAAUGCUUAUUCAGAAAUAUCCUUUCUGGAACAGGACCAACGGAGAAGACCAUUUUCUGGCUGCUUGUCAUGAUUGGGUAUGGUAGUUUUAAUAAUGCUUUCAAAUAGUCGGUGUUCCAAAAUGCGAAUCUCAUUUACGAUCUUAAUUAUGGUGCUGACAAUAGGCUUGAAAACUU